GACAUCCUAAGAUUUGUACAAGCGACGGAAAUAUUUUUUUCUAAAACGUAAAUUUUUUGCUUGUUCUUAAAAGUUAGUUCUCUUAUCGCUCCCAAAAAGUGAAUAUAAAUUGAUCCGAAAAUUGUAAUCAGAGGAAGAACAUAAAGUGCAAAAUAAUAAAAAAUGUCUUCGCCUUCAGCAGGAAAGAGAAGAAUGGACACCGAUGUGAUAAAACUCAUCGAAUCUAAACACGAAGUGACACUGCUUGGAUCGAACCUUAAUGAAUUUUGUGUGAAAUUUUAUGGACCAAGAGGUACACCAUAUGAGUCUGGAAUAUGGAAAGUUCGUGUACAUCUCCCUGAACAUUAUCCAUUUAAAUCACCUAGCAUUGGAUUCAUGAAUAAAAUUUACCACCCGAAUAUCGAUGAAGUGUCGGGCACAGUCUGUUUAGACGUAAUAAAUCAAGCUUGGACAGCUUUAUAUGAUCUUUCAAAUAUCUUCGAGUCAUUUCUACCACAAUUACUAACUUAUCCGAAUCCAAUCGAUCCUUUAAACGGUGACGCUGCUGCCAUGUACCUUCAUAAACCUGAAGAAUACAAAAAGAAAGUUUCAGAUUACGUGAAACGAUUUGCCACGGAAGAAGCUCUUCGUGAGACGGAAAAAAAUGAACAGAGUAGUGACGAUGAAAGCAGUAUGAGUGAUUUCAGCGAAGAUGAUAUGGCAAAAGAUAUGGAACUGUGAUUCCAGUGUAGUAGCAAUAACAAAAUUAUCGUACGUUAAUGUUAUAAGAUUUUCUUCAUAUUUAAUAACAAACAAAUUUUUCAAAAAUCAAAAAUAAGAAGAAAGAGGAAUCCUUAAUUAAAAUGCUUAAAAUAAAUAUUAGAAUGCCGUUUGGUUAAAAGAAUAUUUAAUAAUUUAGUAACUAAUAUUAAGAAUUUAUAACAAAAUGAAAAAAAGGAAAGAAAGUUUAUGAAUUUAUCAGGGAAAUGAAAGUUUUACUUAAUUAGCUUGAACUUGAUCAGCUAUAAAUCAUUGGAGUAUUGACGUCUUGUUACUUUAAAUGAAAAUUUUGAAAAAUUAGAGUUUCUCAUAAAAAAUUCCAAAUUGUGCAGCAAAAUAUUUUGAUUAAAAUGUUUCUGGUUUUUCUAUAAUCAAGAAAGUUUAUUGAGUUGGAAGAGUUUUUUAAAAUUAUUUACUUGUAAUGAAGUAAUUGAAUUAAUAACGAUGAAAGUGGUUGUCAUAAAUGUAAAAUUUUUCUACAUCACUUUCCUAAUUUAACUUUGAAGUAUUUCGAUAUUAUGCUUUGCAAUAAUUUCCUUUAAAACUUUCGAGUUUUUUAUGUAAAUAUUUUUAUGUGAUUUGGAAAAUUUAAGCUUGGAUCGGAAACAAUAAAGAUGAAGAUUAGAUGUGAAUUGUUGAGUUUAUAGACAUUGAGUGUUAUUGCUUUUUUUCAUCGUUUCAGAGGCAAUCAAAUUGGCACUUCUAGCAGAAAUUCAAUUUUUGAGAAGUUUCUUGAAUUUGCAUAGUAAAAAGUUUGAGAAUCACAGGAAAUUUUUCUCUUCAUACCAUAGAUACUCAAACCACUUACCAAACUUCCUUUUAUUAACAAU